AUGACGCCCAGCGGGCGCCCCUUGGGGCCCCGCCGCUCCCCCCAGGCCUGGACCGUGAAUUUGGUUGCGAUGGAGACCGUGUCCCUGGAGCACCAGAUCCAGAGCGUGCAGCGGCACAUCACUUUCCUGAAGAAGGAGCAGAUGGAGCUGCUCCAUGACCUGCACCUGGAGAUCCUCCGGUUGCAGAAGCACUGCUCAGAGCUCACCCAUGACCUGGAAAUGAAAGAGAUGGAGGCCCGCCAGCAAGAUGUCCUGGACCGCGAGCUGGAGGAGAAGUGCCGGGCGAUGGAGGCCCAGCUGCAGGAGAAGGAGAAGGACAACCUGGAGCUGCGCAAGGAGCUGCAGCACAAGGAGACGCUGGUGGCUGCGCUGCGCUCCAGCCUCCGCAGCAAGGAGCGCCGGUUCCUGGAGGAGCUGAAGCGCAGGAGCCACCGCGUCACCAUCCUCGACACCGAGCUGCAGAAGCAGACGGAGGCGGCCGCCUACCUCUCGCUGCAGCUGCACGCCACGGCCCAGCGGCUGCCGGGCCCCCGGGCAGGCGGGCGGCCGCCCCCCGAGCAGCCCCCGGCCGAGGCCCGGCCCCGGCGCCGCGGCCACAGGGCGCCCGCCCGGCGCCCGCCCGGAGACGGCGGCCGGUGCAGGGACCCCGCGCAGGAGGAGCACGAUGCCAUGCCCGACCCAGCGCUGUUCCUGUACACGCCGCGGCCGCACGGCCCGCAGCGCCCGCCGCCGGAGCCCCCCGGCCCGGCCCGCUCCUCGGCCGGCGCCGCCGCGGCCUCCCGGGGCCAGCGGGGCCCCCGGCAGCCCCCGCAGGAGCCGGCGGCCAGGGCCAGGUCGGCCAAGGGCGAGCCCAGCAAGAGGCAGGGGUCCGGUGCCCACGGUGCCCCCCGGGCCCAGGAGUAG